AUGGGAAAGAACAGAAAUGCAAACAGGCCACUGACACAUGCGGAAAUAUGGGACGACUCUGCUCUUGUCCGAUCUUGGGAUGAGGCUGUCGAGGAAUACAAGCUCUAUCACAGUAUUCAUGCCAGAGGGGAGGACGUCGAAGACGUUCUGAGGAAGGCAGAAGAAGCGGAACUUACAGAGAGCAAGACCCAGAACCAGCAUGACGACCAAGAUCAAGAACUUGAUUAUGAGCCUGUUGGCGAGGAAGAAGUCCCCGAUGCAGAUGUAACAGAUGCAGUGCAGCCAGAAACGGAUCCUCACCAGGAACCUCAUCCUGGCGAGAAGGCUGGCGGUCCUGAAAUCGGACCAAGCCUUUCCGGUCCAGGAGCAGCUUCUAUGCCUCAUGCAAUUUUGACACAAGUUCAAGACGAAAGCCUGAAGAAUCUCAUGAUGGCUUGGUAUUUUGCUGGAUACUACACCGGUCUUCACGAGGGACAGCAACGAGCGCAGCAAAAUGUAGCUGCUAAUAACAACAAUGGCAAUACAGGAUCAUAA